ACACCCCCUGCUGCUCGCUCGAUCGCGCGCGCGCUACCCAUGCAUCGCAUCUUGGUGAAGACCUGAUCAGAAAGGUGCAGUACUGUAUCUUAAGCCGCAAGCGACCACCGAUCGAGCAGCAGGAUCCAGCGCGCGUAUAAAACCGCGCCAUUGGAUCGCUCGAGUUCUUGGAUCGUGAGCUUGCGUCGCACACUGCGACGACCGACGCCAACCACGGCAGCACCACCACUUCCACUGACCGAACCGCUCGAGAUCAAGAUGCCUCCCGCUCCCAACGGCGGCGAGGCGGUGACGCCGCCCAGCAAGCCGCAGAGCCCGCUCCGCAUCACGCACGACGGCGAGUUCUACGCGCGGCUGCUCACUAGGGAGAGCUCGCUCGGGAUCCCGUCCUUCCGCUACUACGGCGCGGGAUCCGGCGCCGUGCCAUUCGUCUGGGAGUUGCAGCCAGGCACGCCCAAGGACGCCUACUCCUCCGGGAUGCUGGCGACCGGCGCCGUCGCCCCGGUCAUCACCCCGCCGCCCUCCUACCACCUACGCGGCGCGCCGCACGGCCACAGCGCCCGGCGCCACGGCAAGGCCGGUCGAAGCGGCGGCGGCGGCAGGAGCAAGUACUGCGGCUACAAGCUCAGCAAGUGGAUCAAGAUCGGCUUCAUCGCCACCGUCUUCCGCCGCCUCGCCUUCGGCAAGUCCAGGUCUUUAUCGUCGGCGGCGUCAGUGAAGUCCUCGUCAUCCACCCGCUGGCUCUUCUCCGGCUCCAACGUGGCCGAAGCCCGCGACCAGGAGUACUGCUACGAGCCUGCGGCGCCGACGAAGGGAAUGCUGUGCCUCGGCGUCAGGCCAAGCCCGUGGGUGCAGUUCUGGGGCGGCGGCCGGAGGGAGCCGGCCGGCUGGGUGCACGGCUAGCGCCCGUAGUCUGUCUGUCCGGCCGCCGGCCAGUCGCUGUCAAGCGUAGCACAUGUGUGCACCGCCCGGUCCUUGUCCAUGCAUGCAGUUGUUGGUUGGGCCGCCCUACUUAAAGUGAUCUAUAGGAUCUAAUUGUUCGUGCAUAUGGAUGUUCCUGUUCGAUCCAGUGUCUGUUACUACUGUGUCCUGCGAACAAGAUAAGCUGUUCUGUUCGUUUUGGUUGUGUUCAGCGGUGUCGUGUUGCCAUGACCGGAUAUAUGUACACACGCACCUUGGUGCCUGCUCUU